CUCUCCGAUUUGAGUAGCCCGACAUGCGCCGAGCGAAGCCCCCGUGGGGCGCCUUGAUGCUGCGGUGCGCGCUUAGCUGCCGCCAGUACUGGAGGACCGUAGGACAGCCGGAGGGGAUCGUGUCGGAGCAGGACACGGACCAUCAUUUCGUGCAUCGAAGCACCAUUCCUACCAUGCAUUUCCAGCCCAGCUUGCCCAGGUUACCUAUUCCUAAACUGGAGGACACUAUCAAUAGAUACUUAGCUGCUCAGAAGCCAUUAUUGAAUGAUCAACAAUACAGACAUACUGUAAAAAUUGCUACAGAGUUUGGAAAAGGAGAAGGGAAGAUCAUACAUCGUGAUCUUCUUGAACAUGAUCGGAUUAAUAACCAUACAAGUUAUAUAUCAGGGCCCUGGUAUGACAUGUACCUUUCUUCGAGGGAUCCAGUUGUUUUCAACUACAACCCUUUCAUUUCUUUAAAUCCUGAUCCCAAACCUGGAUACAAUAAUCAAGUAGUUAGAGCAACCAAUCUUGUUGUUUCAGCGUUAAAAUUUCUUAACUCCUUGAAGAAUGACUAUUUACGGCCAGAUAUAUAUUAUGUAAACCGCAAAUGGGGUCAAAGUAAAAUGUUCAAACACUUCAUCCGCGCUCUUCCACCUACUCUAUCCUGGUAUGGAGCAUAUUUAGUGAAUGCUUAUCCUUUAGACAUGUCACAGUAUAAAUCUCUCUUCAAUAGUACCAGGAUACCUAAUUUAAGUAAGGAUACAUUAUUUACAAGUGAAUUUGCAAGACAUUUGUUGGUGAUGAGAAAUGGUCAUCUUUAUGUUUUUGAAGUACUGGAUCCUUUUGGCAACAUUCUACAUCCAUCUGAAAUUCAAGCUCAUUUAGCACAAAUAAUAUUUGAUGCUGAUCGCUUGCCUAGAUCUGAACUUUCAUGUCUCACAACUGAAGAAAGAAAUACUUGGGCAAAUGUAAGGCAGCAACUUGUCCAAAAUGGUAAUGAAGAAAACUUGAAGAAAAUUGACAGUUCGGUCUUCUGCCUUUGUUUAGAUAAUGCUUCCCCGCAAGAUGAAAUUGAAGUAACUCAUUGUUUUCUUCAUGGAUAUGGCUUUAAUCGCUGGUUUGACAAAUCCUUUAGUCUGAUUGUCACUAGUGAUGGAAAUGCAGGAAUAAAUUUUGAACACUCUUGGGGAGAUGGUGUUGCGAUUCUGCGUUUCAUUAAUGAAGUCUAUAGAGACAGUACAGAGCGUCCAGCUCUUCUGCCAGGAUCCAGUCCAGCUUUAUUUGUUACAUCUUGUGACAAGCUUGAAUUUAAUUUGAAUCAUUCAAUAACAUCUGCAAUAAAUGCUGCACGUAAGAAAUUUGAUGAAACAUUGAAAAAGUUUCUCGUAAAAUCAUUUAGGUAUGAAAAAUAUGGGAAAGAUUAUAUAGUGAAUAAAAACUUGAGUCCAGAUGCUAUUUUUCAACUUGCUUGUCAAAUGGCUGUCUAUCAUCAGUAUGGAAAGUUUCUUCCUUCUUAUGAAGCAUGUAGUACUGCAGCUUUUAAACAUGGUCGCACUGAAACAAUUCGACCAACAUCUGUGUACACUAAAAGGUGUACAGAUGCAUUUAUUGCGGAACGAGGAAAGCAUAGCAUUCAAGAUAUGAGAAAUAUGAUUGAAGAAUGUUCAAAGUACCACAAACGCUUGCAAUUGGAUGCUACAUUAGGUCAAGGAUUUGAUCGCCACUUAUUUGCUCUGAAGUACCUUGUCCAGUGCAGAGGUGGAACUAUUCCUGAUAUUUAUCAAGAUCCAGCCUAUAAAAACAUAAACCACAUUAACAUUUCAACCAGUACACUAAGCACUCCAGCAGUUAAUCAUGGUGGAUUUGGACCAGUAGUGCCAGAUGGUUUUGGGAUUGGAUAUAAUGUGUUUGAGACCUGGGUAGGAUGUGUCAUUACUAGCUAUUUGGAACAGGAAUUAGAUGAACAUCUGAGAUGUCUUCGGUGCACACUAGACGAUAUAUUUGAAGUCUUAGAAGAAGGACAACUUAAAUAAUAUUAAAAUAUUUUGAAUUGACUACAUAACGAUUCAAAAACAGCUGAUAUUUAAAUAAUGCAUAUAUUACUAUGAAAUGUAAUAGUAGAUUAAGUAGCACAACAAAGCUGUUUAAAAUGUGUUUAAAUGAACACUUUAAAUCUUAAAGCAGUUUUAAUUACAUAAUAAUAUUUAAAUAUUUGUUCUCAAUUAUAUUCUGUAACUUCUCUUUUUUAAAAAAAUAAAAAUAUACCAAUAUUUUCAAUUAAUUUUAUUGAUUUUCUGGAGCUUUAUGUGCCUAAUAAAUCAACAUUUGCUGAAGAGUAUAAAAUAUUGGAAUUCCAAAAACCAGCAAAAGUAAACCGCUAUGUAA